AUGGCGGCAAACAAUUCAAUGGAUAACGCCUUGGAGAUGACAAGUCCUAGGCGCAAGGAUAGGCUUGCGGAAACGAUACAAUCGAUGGCAAACUUGAAUAGUAAUAUCGAGAAUAUGGAAUUGCCCAUGGAUCCGGAUGCACAGGCAACAAUUACAGACUUUCUCGAUUUUACGGAAUAUCUACCUUCUGAUCUGGUUCGGUCAAUGGCACUCAUUUCCGACCUCGAUGAGAAAUAUACCAAUGCGUCAUUGAAUAUAAAUGACUUGACGAAGACCUAUGGUCACCUUCCCGACCUACCUGCCGAUACAAAACCCGACCCUAUCUCUCUGCGAAAGAAUAUAUCUACAUGUUUGAUUGAUGCUAUCAGCGCUCGCACGUUAUCGUUUGCAGAAGCAUCGCAUGUGGUUGAGAAUGUGGAAAGGCAUUACAAGAGAGCGCAGAAUAUAUUGGCGAAGCUUGAGGCCAUGGCCGAAAAUUAUCCGGAAUCUCGAGAAUCAAGUCCUGUCCCGCAGAAAUCCAAUUCACCCGUCGCAAGUCGAGCUCCAGGAAAAAUACUUUUGCGGACUGGAGAUUUUGAUGGUCGUGGAAAUAUGCGGAUACGCAAACGACGCGCGCCAAUCAUCACUGUUCCUGGUGAGGUCAUGGCUCCAUAUGAGCUCGACUACGAUUCUUAUGAUUCGUACAGCGAUGAAUCGGAAUCGGAUGCUGGACCACCUACACCACAUCAACAGACACCUGCGCGAUCAGUAUCAGUGAAUCCUAAGAUCAAGCUGAAGGUCAAACCAUCUAAGAAAGAGAUAUUGCCCAAGAUCCCUCGAGCACCAAGACCGCCUGGAGUUAUGGGAACAAAUGUACAUAGUGCGGUUGCCGGCAUAUCGACGAGUAAUGCGUUAGCGAAGCUUCAACCGCCACCACCGGAUGCGAAAGCGGGCACCGAAGAUGCGCCCUGGCUUCAGUUGACCGCAUGGGAGCUUGCUAAGCUCAGAAAGAGAAUGAAAAAGAAUGCGGUAUGGAGCCCGAGCGAUACAAUGAUCGCACGUGAAUUAAAACAAUUGGGACGAGGAAUUGAAGCGUAUCGUGCUGCAAAGAGUAAGGCUGACGCUGCAGGACAGCCUUUCGACCAACCGGGACCCCCCCAACUCACCGGGAAGACAGUCAUUGCCGAAGGGGCAAUAAGUGCGGACGCUCUCGGCUCGGAUGAGAUACAACUUAGCAAUCGUGGUAUGAAGCUCAAUGAAGCUAAGAAAUUGAAACGAGAAGCCGCUGCCAAAGAACUUGCUAAAUUGGCGGCCGAGGAAGCAGAAGAAUCAGUACGAAAGAUGACGGAAGCUGCAAGUACCGUAAAGAGCCUUUUCAGGAAUCACCCUGAGGAGGAAAAGAAAGAGAAAGAAAAAGCUCCUACUAAAACACCAAAGAAGCCAGUAUCGAGAAAACGUAAACGCGAAUCAACGAUUGAAGAUGUGAAGGCAAACGGCGAAGCGAGCUCAUCAAAUGUAGAUGGCACAGCUGACGCAAAUGAGAAUCAAGGUGAUAAAGUAAAUGAAGCAGAAUCUUCGAAAUUAGGUAAGCCUCAAUUCAAAAGAACGAAGACUGAAACCCCGGUUCCGCCCCCUCAUUCCAUCAUCACAAAUGCCACUCCCCGCGCAACUCCAGCCCCGACUUUGGAAUCUGCCGUCUCCGUGGCAUCUUCCAUUGCUCUUUCAGCGCCUAUAGAUACACCAACUGCUUCUACUCCUGUUGUUCCAGUGUCGGCUACAUCACCACCAAAAUCUUCGACGCCAAUUCUUCCCCCGGGUGCGGAAAAGAAGGAAGCUAAGAAGGAGGCAAGAAAAGCUGCAGCUGCAGCAAAAAGAGAAGCCAGGGAAGCAGCUAAAGCAGCUGUGGAGGCAGAGAAGGCUGAAAGAGGAGAUAAGGUUGAGAAGAAAGAAGAGAAGAAACCAGACAAGGUGGAGAAAACAACUAACACACGUGCCACUCGAAAAGCAACUCCUGUUGCUCCACCAGUUGAACCUACUACACCAGGACCAGCACCAGACCCUCUUCCAGCUAAGAGACCAACAUCUUCUCGUGGUAAAGUAGCGGCAGCAAAAGAAGCAGCAGCAGCCGCCGCCGCCCUCGCUAUAAAAGCCGAAGAACCAGUCCCUGCUGCCCCUACUCCGGCAGUAUCGGGCCGUACCAGACGUACCAGCACUGCUCGUAAUACCCCCGCUCCAGAAACUCGUCAACCAAGCAAAAGAGCAAAGAGACCUGCUCCAGGCGUUGUGACCAUCGGUACAGAGGGUGGUUCCACGGCUGUAAGCGUUGGAAAAAGACGAGCAGCACCACGCAAAAAGGCAGGACAGAAAAAAGAAAAGAAGGAUGGGAGGGAAGGUAGUGCAGUUCAGGAGGUUUUGGAUGAGGUGGAUGAUGAUGGGAAUCUUAUUGAUCCGAAUGAACCGAGGUAUUGCACAUGUAACCGUGUUAGCUUCGGCACGAUGAUUGCUUGUGAGAAUGACAAUUGCGAAAAAGAAUGGUUUCAUCUGGAAUGUGUGGGUCUAACAGCUACUCCUCCAAGGACUACAAAGUGGUAUUGUCCGGAUUGUAGGAUUAUUUUGGGGAUUGGUGAGAAGGGAGAGGUUAAUGCUAGGGGGAGAAAAAAAUAA